GAGGAAUUGCAAGAUUUAUUAUCUCAGACGCAUAAGAAAUUUUUGACAAAUUGAAACAUUACCCAACUUAAUACGCGAUGUUAGCGUUUAUACAUUACAUUAUAUUAAUGAGUAUCCUCGUGGUUUGGACAAAUGGAAUGGAUAAUGAGAAGCUUGCGGAUAGAGAAUGGUGGGAAACCACAUUAAUUUAUCAAAUCUGGCCCAGAGGAUUUCAGGACAGUGAUGGCGAUGGUGAGGGUGAUCUAAAGGGUAUUAUUAGCCGACUCGAUUAUAUCACGGAUCUUGGAAUUGAAACGAUUUGUUUGAAUCCUAUUUAUGUUUCACCAUUAAUCGAUUCAGGAUAUGAUGUCUCCAAUUAUACGGACAUAGAUCCUCUUUUCGGGAAUUUAAAUGACUUCGAUAAUUUGAUGCGAGAGGCACACAAUCGAGGAUUGAAAGUCAUUCUGGAUAUUAUUCCUAAUCAUUCCAGCGAUCAGCACGAAUGGUUCCAGUUGUCGGCAAAAAAUGUUCAGCCAUAUACUGAUUAUUAUAUCUGGACCAACGGUAGCAUCAAUAAAAAUGGCAAAAAUAUUCCACCAAAUAAUUGGAUAAGCACAUACAACGUCGUAAAUGGUUCUGCAUGGUCAUGGCACGAUGGAAGACAACAAUGGUACUAUCAUAAAUUUCAUAGUUCUCAGCCAGAUCUUAAUUUGAGAAACGAGAAAGUGAUUAAGGAAUUAAUGGAUAUAUUUGACUUUUGGUUAGAAAGAAAUGUCGAUGGUUUUCGGAUUAAUGCAGUGCCUUAUUUUUUCGAAGACAAAGCCUUAAGAAAUGAAUCCUUUGUAGGAAGGAAUAUUUACACUUUUGGUCUUCCUGAAAGCACUGCCCUUUUAUAUGUAUUUCGUGAACAUAUUGAUAACUGGAUAUCGAGAAAUAACGCCACAUCAAAGUAUGAUAUCUAAAGAUUUUUUUAUCUUUAAUUCUCUUUUAUAAUAAUAUUAUUAACAUAUUACAUUAAUAAUACGCAUAAAGGAAUUGCACCGUUCAAUUUUAAAUUUAUUACACAUAUUCGUGACAGUAGUAAUGCUACUUAUAUUAAACACAUCUUAGAGAAAUGGCUUAAACUUCUUCCGAAAUAUACCAAAACUAAUUGGGUGUUAUCAAACCAUGACAAUUCAAGAGUAGCUUCAAGAAUUGGACUCAACCGAAUCGACGGCCUUCACAUGCUUAGUCUUCUAUUGCCUGGACAAGCAUACACAUAUUAUGGCGAAGAAAUAGCUAUGUUAGAUACAAAAAUACUUUGGAAUAGUACCAUUGAUCCCAUGGGUUGUGCCAGAGGCAUAAAUGAAUACAAAUAUUUUUCAAGAGAUCCAGCUAGAACUCCCAUGCAAUGGAGUUCCAAAAAUUCAGCUGGUUUCUCUACAAAUAAAACCACAUAUCUCCCUAUUCAUCCUAAUUAUGUUAAUAGAAAUGUAGAAAUUCAACAAAAUAGAAAAAGAAGCAAUUUGAAAACGUACAAAAAGCUGGCUAUUCUAAGAAAACAGCCAGUUUUUACACAUGGAGAUUAUGAAUUUGCAAGUUUAAAUAAUGAUCGCGUGUUGGUGUUAAAGAGAUCUUUUAAAAAUUAUCCAGUGUAUUUUAUCGUAAUUAAUUUGGGUCUACGGCAAGAAAAAGUUAAUCUGACUUCAAUUCAUGCUAAUUUAAAAAAUACUUUAAAUAUUAUUGUGGCUUCUAGCAAUGCAAUUCGCGUCACAAGUACUAUUCCAUGGGCUAAUUUUAUAUUAACAGCAAAUGCUGCGGUUGUAUUAAAAAGCGAAGAAAGACAAGAACAAUCCACAACCAAACCAGUUAUUACCAUAACAACAGAAGAAAGUACUGUUACCAAUAAUUCCACUAAAAGUACAUAUUUAACAAUUAAGAUAACCUGUUCUACUGAAAAAUCUACAACCAAAAGUACGACGAAAAAAGAAGAAAGUUCCACAACAGAAUCAGGCAAUAAUGCAAUGUUAAGUUGUGCUCCUGCAUUCUUGUUAAUAGUAAGCAGUAUUGUAAUAUCAUGCAGGUUUUAA